CCCUCCGUCCCAAGCCCUGGAAGGAUCCACGCGAAGUUGAUGGAAGAGACUCCCGUGAAGAUGGAACAACUAAAGAACGGACCAGCUGGAUCCGAGGGGAACAGCCUGCCCCUCCUGACACCUGGAGCUGAGGGCUGCUCCCCUGUGUCCAUCCCAGCCCUGCCACCCUCGCUGGUGGGCACCCCACACCCAGCCCACCUGGGACUCCCGGAGCACCUGGCCUCUGUUACUGUUCCCAUCCGCUUGGAUGCCCUCUCCUACCUCCUGCACAGUGCCCUGAUGGGGGCCUACAGCCUCCAGCAGUCCUUCCCCUCCUGCUGCUGCUCCCCACAGGGGUGCCACACCCAGCCAGGAGUGGCCAAGAGGCCCUUCAGGGGGCGUGGAGGGUGGGAUGUUCCCCGCAGGCCCAGCCGGGGCCAGGGCCAGUCAAGACGCGGCCUUGGGAGAGCUGAGCAGCCAGAGAGGGACAGGGCAGGGGUCCCUUGGGCUGGCCCCAAGACCCCACCGGUGACACCUCCAUCACCACCCACCCUGCUGGCCCAGGAUGGGAAGAAGGAGCCACUCCUGGACCCCACACCUGCUGCUGAGGACUGGGAGACAGAGUAUUAGGACCCAGAGGAGGGUCCAGCACUUCAUCACCCACAGUUUAUUUUUUCCUGGAGCCCAGAGUGACUUAGCCCUUAGCCUCCUGUUAACCCCACCCCACCCCCUUCACGUGGUGAAGCUGGGACCUGCCUUAGGAUCCCAAGUCAGGAAAGCCCUGAACCUGGACCUCACAUCCAUGUCCACACCCACGCCUGCCUGCUGCAUGGCCUCAGUCCCAUCCCCUGCACCAUCCCCAACUGCAGCUACACUCCUGAGCCCACCAGCACCUAGGGCUCCUCCAGGGCCAUUCCCAGGCCACUCGGGAUCCCUCAGCCCUUCCCCCCUGCCUCUCCACACCUCCACUCCUGUCCCCAAACCCACUGGCUCCUUCCCCUAUCCCCAGCCCCAGCCCAGUCUCGGCCUUCCUUCCCAGCCCCAUUCCCUGUGUGCCUCAGCCCCCCGCCCAUGUUCAGCUCCAUCUACAGACAGCUGUACCCCAGUACUGUCCCCUGCUGCUCAGGGUGCCCUGCUUGAACAAUAAAUGGAAGGCUGCA